CCAUGUGGAUUUUCCUAAUUUUGACGACCGCCCAAAAUCAUCGUCUUGAUCGGUGGAAAACAAUAUGUGAGAAGGAGGCAUUACCUGUGGAAAUUUCAAUUUUGCUUAUCCAAUUGUACGUUGUACGUCACGUUAAUUUGGGGAUAGCAGGGCGGGGAGGCAUCUGGUUCAGCUUAUUUCCAGUUUCAGCACCAUUCUUCUCCUCCUUCUUCUCAGGUUCAAGUUUUUCAGAACAUGUCAACAUGUUGGCAAGGUCUCACGAGUACUGUGGGGAACGCUCUUUCGAUACCGCAAUCACAGGCAUUGUUUCACUCACCUGUUACUACUUCUAUGAGCAUCUCCAGGGUUCCUUCUUGUUCAGCCACUGGCCUCAGGGACAUGUCCAUACUUCCCUUAGAACCCAAAAGCGCCUAUACUCAACAGGUGAUACAGGUCAAGCAGAGCCAGAAAGGCAAACCCAAAAAACAAAAUGAUGAGGAGGAGGCUGAUGAGGACGACGACGAGGAAGUGGGGAUCUCUAAAUUACAAGUGCCCAGACAGAAAUACAUACCUGUUUCCAAGUCAGAGCUUUUAGAUGCUAUCAUUUCUAUGAAGUUUAAAUCUGACGACCAAGAUGGUAUCCAUCACUUUCGCCUUCUUGCCUCGUGCUUAGACUCUAUACUUCAUGCUGAGCACAAAAGGAUCUUAGAAGAGAUGCGUUCUGAUUAUCAGGCUACCAAUUCAGUGGAAACUGAGGACUUCAGUCCACCCUAUUCAGCUGAUUCAGAAAUGGUACAUAUGGAGAAUGGGUAUGAGUCUGACGGAAUUAGCAAUGGUAGCAUCCUUGGAGUUGGGGACAGUGAGGCCUAUCAAGAUAUGGUAGAUGAAGCUGAAUGGCAAAUGCCUUUUUUCUGCAAUGGUUUAGACCUGAGAAGUAUUUUACGUUCCCUGGAGAAAAAUAGCAAGAAAGAUUCUAAUACAGGGUCCAGAGUUACUGUUGCUUCUCGAUUCCAACGUGCUUUCAUGCAACUUCUUUCAAAUGCUCAAUUUGAAGAACUGUCAGCUACGGAUCUGAUGUUAACAUCUGCUUUGAACACAGACUAUCUUCUGAAUUUGCCAAUAUACAUUGAUUGGAAGAGAGCGUAUGAGUCCAAUGCCAUAAUAUUUAGGCGGGGAUAUGCAACUGAGAAGCAGAAGGGGCUAUUAAUUGUUGAAAAACUGGAUUAUCUUCAGUCUAAACUUCUGCGAAGAAUCUUCUUUAUUAUAUCAAAGCCCUUGGGGAGAUUAGGCACUUGGAUAAGUGAGCUUUACAAAAAUGCAAGUCAGAAAGAAGAAAUACAAAAGUGGUCAAACGGAUUGAAGCUUUGGCUAAAUGAAGUGUCAAUAUUUCAGAAAUCAUUACUUUAUAAUGGCAAUGCUUCAGAUGAGCAACAAUGGUUAAAUGAGUUAAAUGAUGGAGAACUCCCUAUUGGGCUGGCAGCUCAGAAAGCAGUAGCUCGAUAUGAAGGGAUUUUGUCAGCAGUUGGUCCCCGUGAAAAGCUCUUGAGGAGGUUGCUUUCUUGGAUUGGACUGAUCCCCCCAACACCUGAAACAACUCUCGAGGAUGACAAUGAUACUAAUUCUCUUGAACCUUACUUGAGGCCUACGUCCUUGUCAAGGAUAUCGCUAAGUGAUAUAUGGAGGCCCGCAACAAGGAAAUACUGUGGAAAUAAUCCCUGGAAGAUGUUGAAAACUUCAAUUUCCAUACUUUUCUCACAGUCAAUUAUCCAGGAGCCAGCAUUUGAAGAGUUAAUUUUACUUUAUACUAAGGAGGUCAGUGAAAGAGAUGCCAAAGAUAAACCCACGGUUCCAGAGUUGCAGCUAAAGAUCUAUGAAAGAAUUCCUAUUCCAGAUUUACCGGUAAUUUUCCCCGACAAAAAGCUAUCAUUCCGCGUCAUAGACACGGUGCGCUUGGAUGCUGCUUCAAUAUUGGGACUUUUGGCAUUCAUCAUAAACUACAAAUUUGAGGACGUCUUAUCUUCACCGUCAGCUAUAUUUCUUGAUGCGGUUGCUGUAAGUGCUCUGAUAAUAUAUGUGAGCCGUGUAGUCCUAGGUUACAAGCAGACAUGGGAUCGGUAUCAGCUAUUAGUCAACAAGACUCUUUAUGAGAAAACAAUAGCGAGUGGUUUUGGCUCAGUGCAUUUUCUUCUAGAUGCUUCUGAGCAGCAGCAAUACAAGGAAGCUAUUUUGGCUUAUGCCAUUCUACUCAAAGCAGAGAAGGGUCAGGUCACUUGUCGACAGAGUGUUAAAGACAAAUGUGAGAGAUUUAUGUACGAAGCGUUCAAAGUAAAGGUUGAAAUGUCAAUUGACAAAGCUGUCAAUACGCUGUCAAGGCUGAGCCUAGCCACUGAAACUGUCAUUGAUGGAAGACUCCAGUUAGUGGCGACCCCAUGUUCAAUGGCACAUGAGGCCCUUCAGCAACGAUGGAACAGUUUGCUCUCAUAACCCCAUACAUGUGUUUUUCUCCACUCUUCAAGUAUAUCCUUGUCAAAGAGAGAUAUAUAUGAAAGACUUGUGGGCCAACCUGGAAUGUGGCCCCACAUGACAUUGCCCACAUGCCUUGUGCCUAGCUCUCUCUUUGAAGCACCUAUUAGAGAGACCAAUUCCACUUUAUAUGAACUUUGGUCUUUUACCGUUACACAAGUGAGUUUUACCAUUCUAGGUGUGUCAUCCUGAACUUGGUUUUGAGUGCCAAAACUAGGUUUGAAGUGGCACAAUGUCGCCCCCAAACAUGCACCAUAUUUCUGUUCAAUCGAAGUCAGUGAAGCGUUUGAGAGGAAUUGUAAAUGAACUUUGCAGGGCCAUGUCUGUAAUUGCUUAUACUGUACAUGCGGAUCUGGUCCUCCCUUUCAGGACGUUCGGUAAUAGGACUGUAAAUGGAUGAGACUAUAGGCUUUUGUUUGGAGCUUGGAAUGCUCAAUAGUAUACUUUGAAUAAUAGUCAAUUAUAGACAAAAUAUUGUAAAAA